AUGUACUACGCAUCCCUUCUGGGCUUCGAGGAUAAAGUGCGCAAAGUGUGGGCUGACGGCUCACAAUUGUCCAUAGCUCGAGGCGCCCAUGGAAACGCCUUGAACGCCGUGGCUAUUAGAGGCAAUCUAAACAUAGUUCGAUGGAUCAUGCAGAUGUACCACGACCCGAUAGAAAUUCUACAUAUGGAUAGCAUUGCGCGAGAAGUAGGAGCCAAUGCAAAAGAUAUCAUUUUUGAGUUAUGCAGCCGAAUACCAGCUUCUGAAAUUACAGAGCGGGUGCUCACUUCCGCUGCACAGAAUUGGGACAGUGGCCGUGCGGUGAUGGAGCUACUUCUCGAGAAGAAGGGUGACGAGAUCCAGAUCACGGAGGGCGUUAUUACGGCUGCUAUAGAAAAUGAGUAUAGUGGCCGUGAGCUGACAGAGCUGCUUCUCGAGAAGAAGGGCGAUCAGAUCCAGAUUACCGAGGGCGUUAUCACGGCUACUGUAGGGAAUCUCUGA